AUGUCACAUAUUGACAUAACCUUAGAAGAAGAGGAAAACAAAAAAGUUGAGAUGGAUUGCCUUAUUUCAUUGAAUUCUAUUAUUGAUAGUAUUUCAUUUCUAGAUGCACAUUCUUCUAAAUCACUAUCAAAAAUGAAUGAUAAAGAGGUAAAUAUUGAGAAUACAAUUUUUGAUAAUAAUUCAACUUAUUAUGAUGAUGGAAAACAAUUAAUUUUAUAUAAUUUAACUACAAAUAAUAAAAUAUCUCCUGAAUUUUAUUCAGAAUUAAUUGUACAACCAGCUAUGCAGUAUUUUCUUGCAACAGUAUGUGAUUUAAAGAUUGAUGAUAAAAAAAAACAAAGGUUAGGUGUAAGAUAUGUCAAAACUCCAGAGGUUCAAAAAUUAUUAUUAAAAUUAAUAAAAAAAAAAAAAAUAAGUAAAAAAAAUGAACUUGAUACAGUUGAUCCAAAUGUUAUUAUAUCUGUUUUAAAGGAAAUAUUAUCACAAUUUCCGGGUGGAAUUUUUGCAGAUGACAAUGAAGAAUUUAUAUCAGUUACAUUAUCAUCAUCAUUAGAUUAUGCUUUAUUAUAUGUUAGUGGUCUUAUUGCUUCAUUACCACUUUUUCUUAGACAAUUUACAUAUCUUAUUUGUAAAUCAUUAAAUAAUCUGGCUAAACAAAGUGCCGGAAGUUUGACAGAUUCAUAUACAGAUAUUGUUCUUCUUUUUACACCAGUUUUAUUUCCAACAGCUAUCAAAGAUAUGAGUAGAUUUUUAAGAGCAUCAAGAAUAUCACUUAUACUAAUUGAUUUAUGUGAUAAAGUUUUUAAACAAUUUAUGGAAAUUGAUGAAGCCUGUGAAAAUGAUGAUGAUUUUUUUAAAAAAGUUGUUCAAAGUUUAUCUAAAUUAGCUAAUGGAAUGGAGGUAAGUGACUCUGAAACAGAUUAUGAAUCUAUGAUAAAUGAAUAUAAUGAAUCAUUGGAUGUAAUAGAUACAGUUGCAAGUAGUGUACAAAAAUCUAAAAAUGACUACUAUCAAUUUACUUAUGUUGAACAGUAA